AUGGCCAAGAAUUUUAAACUGACACCUUUGAAUAUGUCCAUUAUUUCCUUGAUCCCAUAUGCUCACCACUUAGGCCUCACCCUCUCCUCUUGCCGCUACACCAGAGUAAGCUUCAUCUUCCCCAAGUCACAACCUUUCCCCCACACCAGCUUUAAGGAUGAGGUUACCUACUUGCAAGACACAAUCCCUUCAAACCUCUGCUUCAGAAAAGCCUCCAUCAUGCCCUCAAAAUCUUCUUCACACUCUUGGCAUGUCUUCACAACCAACGACAGCACACACGCUCUACCCCACCUGUCCUAUGAUCACCACAACGAGUUACUAUUCACCAUGGAGAUCUGUAUGACCGAGCUGGACCCCAUCCUCGCACUCAAGUUUUUCCGACCACCAGAGGACGGAAAAUCCAGCGACUCUGCCGGGAAGGAGAUGACGGAGCUCACCGGGAUAAACAAAAUCAACCCGGACGCCCUUAUGUAUGACUUCGCGUUUGACCCGUGUAGGUAUUCUAUGAAUGGCAUGGACGGGGAUUGGUACUCCACCAUCCACGUCACUCUAGAGGACGAUUUCAGUUACGCUAGCUUCGAGUGGGUCGGCUCCAUCAACAAGAAGAAGGAGUUGUUUUAUGGCCCAGUAGGCAAAAUUUUAAUGAAAAUUGUGCGACCAGAGUAUUCAAGCCCAAUGUAA